GAAAAUGUUUUAGUACACAUAAUGCAUGUUUUAUUCGCCUUAUAGUAAAAUCACCAACAAGGUAUACAAUUAGAGAUGGGCCCAGUGGAUCCGAAAAUUUCUCUAAAGUUUGGCUUUGUUUGGAUCUGAGUUUCUGGGUCAUUCUGUUUUAGAAAAGAGGCCUCCCACAAAGUUCUGAUCUGACGCUGAGCUUCACCACCCUUUAGGAUUCUUUGAAUGUUGGGGGUUUGGUUCAGGCUCCCCUUUAAAUAAAAAAUACUAGAAAUAAUCUUAGUAGUAAUUAUCAAAAAUUAUAAAAUUAAUUGAGGUGGCAUAGCACCACAUCAGCAAUGAAAAUUUGUAUCCCAUGAAGCUGAUGGCAAAGCUCUCAUGUGGUAAUUCAGUGUAGUUAUAUUCAAAAUCAGAGACAGAGAGAAAGCUGAGUUACUAUUUUGUUAGUACUUCUGUGGUACAUUUUAGAUCCCUGCAUGGGAUUAUUCUUUAAUCCCACUCCCACUAUUAUUGCAGCGGGUCGUGCGGGACCCACAGGAUCCCAGUCCCACUGCAGAGCUCUACACUAGUCCCAUGCAGGGCUCUAGUACAUCUAGCCUGCUGCCUAUAGCCUGUCUGAAAACCUUGUUCUCCCCCUCACACUCAUCAUCCUUACAUUCCUAAACAUGGCUCACAUUCUUGCAUGUUUAAGAGAUUUUUUUUAUUGCUCACAGUAAUUUCCACUUGGCUGCUGUCUGGCUGGCAAGUGGUACACAAGUACUCUCUGCGAUGCAAAAGCAAUUUGAUACUCACUGUACUAAUUGAAGGAAGAGUGCGAAUGGGCCAGCAGUGAGGGAUGUUGGCAGAGCAUAAGGAAAAUGGUACUAGUACUAUAACUUUUUUGUUGGGCAACUGUUUGUGACAGAUAUGGCAAUAUCCUGAACAAACCUUCUUAAAUUAAGUUAAACAUUAUUGAAUUAAGUAUUUUUAGAACUUCAUUGUAUUACAAAUGAAAAUAUUUAUGUUUUAGUGUGACAUUGUAUGAAACUUCUUUAAGAAGAAGACAGAAUUAAUACAAUUUCUGGGAAGUACUGUGGGCAGCAGAGUGAAAAGAGACCAGAACAAGAAGGAAAGACUGAGUAGAAGGAAGGAAGGAAGGAGGAGAUGGGGUGCAGCGGAACUCUGGACUCCCCUUAACAGACAGUGACCAAGGGACUCUUGGAGUGAGGACACUGUGGCAAGGAUUUGUGUACAGGUUUUGUUGUUUUCCCACACAGGUGGGACUCUCUUGUGCCUCUCUGCAUAAAGUAGGACUGGUUUAGAAUUUCUUUUUCAGUCUGUGUAUUUUUGCUUCAACUAUCACAUAUUCCUGAAGAUUUAAACAGUACACCAGAUUGCCCACAAAGUGGAGCUCUGUCUCUGUGAAAGGGAGUGCUUAAGCUACUGGAAUGUAAAGGGUCAGCACUGGUCGUAUGGCCCUAAGGCAGCUGGGCUAUGAGCUACCACUUCCAGCAGGGGUACCAAACAGAGAGAGUGUGCCAGAACGACUAAUGGGAGAGACUGAAGCCUGCCCAGACAAAGGGAGCUUAAAAGCAUAUGGGUCCAGUGUAUGGGAAGUGAACCAAAUACAGCAGCCUGGUGAGUGUCCAGAAGGGGGAGUUUGACUAGACCUAUGACAAUGAGUAAAGAAGGAAUGCAGUUAUCCUUUUCUCUUCAUCUGUUAAAACAUUUUCUAAUAUUAAUGCUGAUUUUUUAUAAGCUGGAUAGGUAGUAUUUAUUAUGUAUUAAAUAUGUACAAGCUUCAUAGGUUAUGUCUUCAUGUUUCCCAGUUUUGAACCCUUUAAAAAAAAAAAAAAAAAAACUUCAAAUGGAUAAAGUAAAAGCUGAUGCGUUACAGACCCAGGGCCUGUAAUGCAAUCUGCUAGUGUGUAUUGCUGGAUCCAUGUGGAGUAGUAUUAAUUUCAAUGAGAAUCUUUUGGGAUGUAAGUGUCCAUGCCAGCAGAUGCUCAGAUAUGUUGGCAAUGGUUAGAUUGGUUCAACCAAUUUUUUUACAAAAUUAAUUAUGGUUUAAUGCUAAAUUAUCCAAGAGCAAUUUCACGUCUAUCUUCAGACAAUUUAUUGCUACAAUUUACAUAUUGGAUGAAACUUGGGAAUCUUUUUGGUUAUACAGAAUCAUGUGCUCUCUUGCAAAGAUGGAAAUUUUAUUACUAAUUUAUGUUUUGGAAUACAAGGUGUGUGUUAUACAUGUCAAAGAAAGAUCCCAAGUACUUCAAUCAAUACUGGAGCACUUGUAUUCAAAACAACGUAUUUUUCAUAUUUUGGACACAUCUACUGAUAGAAUAACUGAAUCAAUAAAAUUGGAUUAGAACCCUUCAAUAUGCUGUGUUACUGGGAAGAUAUAUCAAUGGACAUAUCAAGAAACUAACUCUGCAGCUAUUACUCUGCAAAAUAACAAUGCAAGAAAUUGGCUACAUGCCUAGAAUCUUAAGUAUCACAGAAUGGAACAAACUUGUCUGUAUAUUUGAUUAGACUAGAAAGGUUAACUCACUCAGCAAAUAAUUCUCGAUAUAGAUUACAAACGAUGUUCACUGAGCGCACAUGGAACUGUUAAUGCCUAAGGAAAUCAAAUACUAAUACAAUUCCAUUGCAGCUAUGGGUUACUUCUGACUAAGUACCAAAUAAGAGUUCUGAAUCAUUUAGGAUGCUCUAACUAGAGUUGUACAUUCCACAGUGGCAAACUGUUCCCCCAAGUAUAUCAUGAUGAGGGGCUUGUUUCUGGUUGCUGAAACUGACUUGCACAACUUUAAAAAAACACGUUAAUUAAAACAGAUGAAGACAGGGCAUAUGACAUGCCGGAUAUGCAGUAUGUAGGAAAUUACCCUGAUUGAAGUCUUUAGAUGCUAUUGCAAUAUGAACAGGAAUAACUUUAAAAUGCAAUCUCUGACUGUGGUGAGAUAUUUGAUUUUAAGCUGAGAGCACAGGGUCUUCAAAGCACAGGCAGAUUUUUUUCCUUUUGAUAAUGCUGCUUUCCCAGGACAAUGGUUUUGACACUUGAAAAGCACACACCCACUUCUGCAUGGAAGCAUCUACAACGACUUUAAAAUUUUGUUUUAAACGAAGCCCUAACAGCGUUGUAAAAUGCACCUUCCAUGUCUCGGGGCAAACACAAUAUUAACAAAUACCCCCUCGGGGAACUUUGUUUUCUAGGCAGAGCGGAGAAGGCAGCAGUCUCGGCCGGCCCACCAGAGCCUGCCAGGGCCUCCUCUUCAAGCCCCGGUUCCCAGCACUGAGAGCAUCAUGGGAGGGUCCGGCUUGCCCGUUUGUCUAAUGAAAGCCAGGUUCAGCCCUGCAGGUUGCAGAGAAAAGCUUGCGAAGGGUACCAUCAGAAGAAGAGCGCCCGCGGUGCUUGUUACGUCUCCUGCUGCGGGGCGCUGCCACUCUGCUUGGGGCACUAGGUGCCCGAAGUCAGCAGACGAGGCGACCCCCGCACCACCGGGGCUGUAUGCAGGCCGCCCGCUGGGCCGGGUACGUACCGGGGCUUGCAGCGGCCCACGGGCCAGUCGGUGCCUAGCCCAGCGCGGGAGAGCCGGGCUGCGCCCGCAGCAGCAAGCGGGACCCUGGCACGGAGCGAGGCGGGGGUGGAGCCUGGAGCGGGCGGUCGAUGGUUGGCAGGGCACUGCGGGAGGGAGGAAGAAGGAGGAGCCGCCACCGGCCCCAGCAAUAGCUCCGCCUAUCCCCUUUAAGAGGAACAGGUGACACAAAGCAAGAGGCGUCAUAAAUGGUGAAAGCGCGCGGGAAACUGUAUUCUGCCUCCAUGAUUGGCCAGGAGAAUAAGACAACAACAGCGCGCGCCAAACGCCGCAACCGGCCCGGCCUCUUUACAGCCCACCAUAACGCCACGAAGGCCCCGCCUCCUUCCUUCAGCGGCCCAAUCAGUACCUGACCAGCUCCUUCAGAAAGGCGCCCCUACUGCAGGGCGGAGCAUCGCUUGGCUCGCCGCCGCUGGCCCGCGAUCCCAAGAAGUUUCGAAUUCUGUUGGCCGGAGAGCGCCCUAGCCAAUGGCGGAGCCGGGAUGUGACCUAGCCCCGCCCACGUGGGCGUGACCGGCCACUUUCCCACAGGUGAUUGCCUGGACUUGGCUGUCACUCCAUUAUGUAUCAACGGGAUUCGGUGAUUGGUUCCGCCCAGGCGCGAAAUGUAACGCGGGAAAAGCUUGGGCUCGGCAGGGGCCGGGCUGCCUGCAGGUUCGGAGGGGUCGCGGCGGCUCGGGUUCUGUUGUGACCGAGGCCAGGUUGUGGAACCGACACCGCCGCAAACAGAGAAGCGCAGGUGCGGCCGCGUCUCCGCGGGCUGCUGCCAUGGCCGGCGGCCGCCGCUGACACGGCGCAUCUGCAGGUCGGCGGCCGGAGCGGGAGGGGAAACGCUGAGACCCGGAGAGGACCGGCCGGCGAUGAGUGGCUGAGGCGGAUCGGGCGGUGACAGGCGGCUGUAGGGUGAGAUCUCCGCGCCCGGGAGAGCGGGCCUGAGCCGCCACGGAGAUUCCCCGCCCCGCUGCCUGCGAGGGGCUCGCGAUGGCGGAGAGGCCGCCCCCGGUGAUCUUCUGCCAGGAUUCCCCGAAGCGUGUCCUAGUCUCCGUUAUCAAAACCACCCCGAUUAAACCGUCCCGGGGGGGCGACGAGCCGGCGCCCGCCCCGCCCGUCCCCACCAGCCCUGGCUUCAGUGACUUCAUGGUGUAUCCCUGGCGCUGGGGGGAAAACGCGCACAACGUGACCCUCAGCCCCAGUAGCGCCGCCGCUCCCUCCUCCGUCCAGCAGCCUCGAGGGGGGGUGGUCCGAACCUCCAGCGGGGAGGAUGAGGAGGCGGGCAGCCCGGAUAGCGGCGGCAGCCACCUGAAGGAUGGUAUUAGACGUGGCCGACCAAGAGCAGAGACAGUGCGAGAUCUAAUAAGUGAGGGAGAGCAUUCAUCCAGCCGAAUCCGUUGUAACAUCUGCAACAGGGUGUUUCCACGAGAGAAAUCUUUACAGGCACACAAAAGAACUCACACCGGUGAAAGGCCUUAUUUGUGUGACUAUCCAGAUUGUGGGAAAGCCUUUGUUCAGAGUGGGCAGCUCAAAACACACCAACGUCUUCACACAGGAGAAAAGCCUUUCGUCUGCUCAGAAAAUGGAUGUUUAAGCAGAUUCACACAUGCAAACCGUCAUUGCCCCAAGCAUCCCUAUGCAAGACUGAAGAGAGAAGAACCCACAGGCAGACUGAGUAAAAAACAAACAGCUGACAAUAAAGCUGUUGCUGAGUGGCUAGCAAAAUAUUGGGAGACUAGAGAGCAGCGCACUCCUACUUUGAAAAGCAAAACAGCUCAGAAAGCUGACCAGGAACAACAAGAUCCCUUGGAAUAUCUUCAGUCUGAUGAAGAGGAUGAUGAGGAAAAAAAUAGUGCUCCCUCAGCUGCCCGCCGUCGCCUUCAGGAGCAGCGUGAACGCCUGCAUGGUGCACUGGCUCUUAUUGAGCUUGCAAACCUGGCUGGAGCACCACUGCGACAGUAGCAUAGGAACUGAAUCUGCCAGUAUAUAAAACGUACUGCCUGGUGGUACUUAACCAGUUAGAUCCUGGGCAUAAGCUAAGCACCUUAUUUGCUUAUCAUAGGCUGCUAUUCUGUAGAAUUUAUGAAGAAUGUUGUUGCCCCACAAGAUGGGGUGAGAGAAUUGCACUUUUUUGUAUGGUAAAAGACAGAUGUAAAGUUUUUAAGUAUUUUGUAAAUAUGGGACUGCACAAUGCAGGGUCAACAAAUUGCAUAUUGUGGAAAGUUAAGAUUUUUGCAAGGUUAAUUCAUUCAUUUUGAAGCAGCUCUCACAGGAAGCACUUUCUGAACAUAAUGCUGUAUGAAUAGGAGAAUUGUACAGGUAACAAGAUGAGGAUUAUUUAUCUGACUAUUUAAACAAAAUUACAUUUAGUAUGUUUGAUAAUACUGUAAGCAGUGAUGCAACCAAGUCUUUAAUGGCAAUAUAUUUUGCCUAGUAUCACUGAGAAGAGGGCAAAGGUUCUAACUUGUGGCGGGGAAGAAACUGGUUAUGUAGAAACUGAGAGUUCAGGAUCUUCACUGUGACUGCCAAAAGUAUGAGACUGACUUCGCUAUCAUAUUUUAGACUUGAGAUUUCAGUAGAAUCUCUUGAUCUGAAUAGCACUUGUUAUUCCUAGCACAUGAUGUAGGGAACUUUUGCACAUUGUCGGGCUUAUUUGAAGAUGAAUGAUUAGCCUUGCAAAGUCUAGACAUAAAGGUAACAAUUCGUAAUAUUUCUCAGAUAUUUUGGACCCUGUAAUGAGAUUUGGCACUUGUUUUGUUAAUAAAGUGGGUAUUUACAGGGUGGUAUUGAUUUGUAGUAAACUAUUUAGACAUCUUAUUAGCUAACACUACGUUUUAAAGUUCUGCUUUUAUAUAAAUAUUAGCAAAUAGAAGCCUCCAUAUUCUUUUUUUAAUUGCAUAAAGCCACCUUAUUGCUUUACUUCAGGAUAAGAUGUCAAGUUUGUGUUCACUAAGUGUAGUACAGCUAUCAGUUAAACACGGCAGAAGAAUAUUUGCUAUUCAACUAGAAAAUAGGCUUCCAGAGAUAGUUGCAAGUGUGUUUUAAAUUGUGUGGUUUCAUAUAUCUUUCCCAAAUAAAUGAAGUUACAGAACACGGCUUAGUGAUCUCAAGCACAAAACGAAAAGUAAGUUUAGCAGUACAUCCUCAUCACCUCAUGUUUUGUAUUGGUUUUAUCUGACUUACAAUACAACAGGCUUGUCUCAUGGUCUUAUUUUGCUUUUCUUUUGAGCAGCAUAUAACCAGAGAUGCAUAAUAUGCUAACAGAUAAUAAAUUUGGUGAAUUGGGCAUGCUCCUUAAAAAAAAAUAUUCAUGUCAGGUUGCUGGUUUAGUGGAUAUUAACAAAAAAUCCAGUUAUCUUCAAAUUUAUUGACCUACUGCUUCUGUAGAUCAUAACAUUACCUGGGCUAUAGACCCCCCCCCUCUUAUCACAACAAAACCAGAAAAUAUAGAUGUGAAGGGGAGCCAUUUUUCCUGUUAGUGUGAGAGGGAGGAAAAAGUUUUCAAAACUUGAGUAAUUUUUUUAAAACUGAUUAGAUGAGGACAGAUGUUUCAGAAAUCUAACAUGAUUACAGCAGAGAAUGCUACUCUUGAAUUCAGUUUCUAAUAACUGAUGCCUAUAAUGGCAUGAAUUUUAUUAACCUGGUACGUGUUUAGAAUUGAGUUGGUGCACUUAACUAAACAGUGGUCAGAGAGAUUCUAACUUAAGUGGUUGUGAUUUUUAGACUUACCAAUGUAGUUCUUGAUUUCUUGUGUUCAUUUCCUUGUUAAUUUAUUUGGCCUCAAACUUAAAAAAAAAAAAAAAAAAAAAAAAAAAAAUUAAAUAAAGCAAAAUACUCUUCUGUGGCCACCUGGGACAUUCUAACUACAUACAACUACUUGGCAAUUCAAAGGCAGUAGCUGUAAAACCUCUAAGACUAACGGUGUUGGGCCCUAAUCCUUCAAGUUACUGGACAUGGGCAGACCCCUUGCAUGCCCACAUGGAGCACCACUGACUUUAUAGGCACUCCAUGUGGACACAGAUCUGUUAGCAGCCAGUUGCAGAAUCAGAGCCAUGUAUUGGGGGCGGGGAGGAGAACCUGUUUCCCCAAUCAAUCAAUUGUAAUAGGUUCAACACAUUUACAGUACUGGAAGAAACUUUCUACAAAUUAUUCAAUACACUGAAUUUGGUCUAACUGUAGACACAUUCAAGCAGCUUAACCUGUUUUGUUAUACAUUUUGGGAAAAUACCAACUAUAAUUGUUUGAGGUGUUGAAGACUGCUUUUGGAGUAUUUAAUGUAAUUUUGAAGUGUUCUGUGCUGCAUAAGUGUCAGUUGUAGUUUGGCAUGACUUAACAGCAAAAGAGUAAAAGUGCUGUAAUUUUCAUAGGUGCUCCAAAUAAAAGUUGGUUUAAUUUUAAGUUUAAAAUCCAAGUGUUAGCAGUGGUAAUUUUUGAUCAUGUUUUUAACUGUAUUGUGUCAAGCUAGUUGCUCUUGACUCCCACAGUUCAAUCACUUUAUAACUAUUCCUUGACCCUUUAAAAGGGUUUAUUGGCCUGACCAGUACACUGUUGUAGGGAAAAAAAAUACUUUUGCUGUUUACUUCCUAAUCUCCUAACUUGAAAUUGGUUUCUGAACUUUAUUACGGUAUUUGAUGAAUUCAAGAUAAUUCACUUGAAUAAGAAUCCUGCUUGGAGUAAUUAUGGUAGCCCAAAAUGAAUAAACAUGGCGAGAAUACAUUUUCUUUAAGUAGUCCAAGCUAGUGAAGUGUCCUACUUCAUGACUAACAAUUCAGUUUGCAGUUGAUCCUCUGUUCAUUUUCAAGUUCUUAUUCUUUGUCGGACAUGAUAGGUGUGAAAGAGCUUAUCAGUAUCUUAGAUUAAGGUACGCGGUGGGCACUAGAAAACUAAUGAUAUGCAACUGGAAUUGUCAUGCAACAUUGUCCAGAAUACUUAAAUGGCAAGACUGGUUAAUAACACAAGCUAUAGUUUCAUCAGACUUCUAUACUUGGUUCUCUGAGGGGACAAAAUUGGUAAAUAAAAGCAUUGCUUAGGAAAAUUGAAAUAUUUUCUAAAGAUAAGAUAAUUCCCUCUCCUGAAUGAGGAGUAAAAUUCAUGUUACCUUGAAGCGAUUUUGUAAGUUAUUAGCAAGGGUGGCAAUUGGCAUGUAGUCUACCCAACAGGAAUUGAAUGGAGGUCACUGAAGAAACUGAUAGUAACCAUUCCUAUGCACUACUGAUCAAGUAGAUAGCUGAAACAAUUACCAAAAAUGAGCAAUCUGCUUAGCUUUCUUACGAGGGGGUAGAACCUACCUAAAAGUCUAACCCUGGAAUUUGUGUACACUCACUUUCUAACAGGUGCUCUUUUGUGAGAAUUUUGCAUUACUAUACAAGAGGCUGUACAAAUACUGUACAGGAUAUUGCAGAAUUGAGUCUUAUUUGCAUGACAGUACCACCUAAUGAAGAACUCUGUGUAAGCUCAAAAGCUUGUCUCUCUCACAAAAAUUGGUCUAA